UCCAAAAUCUAAUUUAAUACUCCAACGUUUCCCUUACAGAGAAGAAGAGAGGGAGAGAGGGAAAGACGAAGAAGCUACAGCUGAAAAAGAAGAAGCUCCUUCGAUCUAUCAUCUAUUGCCACUACGCUCUCAAUAUCUGAGUGUUUUCUUUCUCUCUCUCUGAUUCCACUGUUUUACCACCAUGUUUUCUGCAAGCAAACUCAAAUCCGUUGAUUUUUACAGAAAAAUCCCGAGAGAUUUGACUGAGGCGUCGUUAUCAGGAGCAGGAUUAUCCAUAGUGGCAGCUCUGUCCAUUAUGUUUUUAUUUGGAAUGGAACUAAGUAAUUAUUUGUCUGUUAGCACAUCUACGUCUGUGAUUGUUGACAAGAGUUCUGAUGGCGACUUUUUGCGUAUAGAUUUCAAUAUCAGUUUUCCUGCACUCUCAUGUGAGUUUGCAUCAGUUGAUGUGAGUGAUGUGCUGGGAACAAACAGGCUCAAUAUAACAAAAACAGUUCGUAAGUUUUCUAUUGAUUCAAAUUUAAGACCCACUGGUGCUGAGUUUCAUUCAGGAACAGCUGCAAAUGCUGUUAAGCAUGAUGAUGAAGUAGAUGAAGAGUCUGUUGAAGGCUCUUUUUCACUCACGUCACAUAAUUUUGAUAAAUAUGUUCAUCAGUUUCCUGUUACAGUUGUAAAUUUUUAUGCACCUUGGUGUUCCUGGUGUCAACGUUUGAAACCUUCAUGGGAGAAGACGGCUAAAAUUAUAAAAGAGAGAUAUGAUCCAGAAAUGGAUGGGCGUAUCCUUUUAGCUAAAAUAGAUUGUACUCAAGAAGGUGAUUUAUGCAGGAGGUACUAUUUAUUAUCAAUAUACAGGCAUCACAUACAAGGGUAUCCAUCAAUUCGAAUCUUUCGUAAAGGAAGUGAUGUCAGAAGUGACCAUGGACAUCAUGAACACGAGUCCUAUUAUGGAGACCGUGAUACAGAAAGCCUAGUCAAGUUCAUGGAGAAUUUAGUGGCAUCUCUCCCAACAGAAUCUCAAAAGCUAGCUUUGGAGGAUAAAUCUAAUGCUGCGGAGAAUACAAAAAGGCCAGCACCAUCAGCAGGUGGAUGUAGAGUAGAGGGAUAUGUGCGUGUAAAAAAGGUUCCAGGAAACUUGAUCAUCUCAGCUAGAUCAGAUGCCCAUUCCUUUGAUGCUUCUCAGAUGAACAUGUCACAUGUCAUAAACAACCUGUCUUUUGGAAGGAAAUUGACACCGAGGGCCAUGAGUGAUGUGAAGCGCCUGAUACCAUACAUAGGUAGUAGCCAUGACAGGCUUAAUGGUCGGUCAUUCAUCAAUACUCGUGAUUUAGAAGCGAAUGUUACUAUAGAGCAUUAUAUUCAGAUAGUUAAAACAGAGGUAGUGGCUAGAAAAGGUUAUAAAUUAAUUGAGGAGUACGAGUACACAGCGCACAGCAGUGUGGCACACAGUGUAGACAUUCCUGUUGCAAAGUUUCAUCUUGAGCUCUCCCCCAUGCAGGUCUUAAUUACAGAAAACCAGAAGUCUUUUUCACAUUUUAUUACAAAUGUCUGUGCCAUUAUUGGGGGUGUUUUCACGGUAGCUGGAAUUUUGGAUUCGAUUCUGCACAACACUAUUAGAAUAAUGAAGAAGGUUGAGCUUGGGAAAAAUUUUUGAUAGAUAGAUGAAAAUUUUGUAUAACUUAGGGUUUCUGAUUUUGUUAUACCGAGUUUGUUAAACCGUUUGUUCUCUAUAGGUAAUUAGCUAUACUAUAAAUCAUACAAAUAUUAUUUUUCUAGCUACUUCUGUAAAAUUACCAUGACAAGGAUGAGGAUUAAGAGAUGCAUAAUGCAUCCGACAUUUGCCUCCACUAGAUUCUUUUUUUUUUUUUCCUAUUAUUAACCUCUCCUGUAGAUUCUUGU